AUGUCUACUACUACACCAAAGCCACUCAUGUCCCAUAUCAAGCCUCUGUCAAGCUCCAACUAUGCACGCUGGAAGCUAGAAGUAAGUACUGCUCUCCAAUCGGUGGAAUUAUGGGACCAUUGCGAUGGCAGUAAAAAGAGACCUGUUCCUACUGCUUCGGAUCCCAAGGUGGAUGAGAUAAAGAAAUGGGAUAAAGAAGAUGCCAUGGCCCGUAGCUGCAUCAUCCCGUUGCUGGACGACCGGCAGAUAAAUCAUGUGAGCAACCUGUCCACAGCGCAGGAGAUUUGGCAGAAGCUGAAAAAAGUGCAUGAUGAUACGUCUGCAUUGAACAAAGAUCAAACAUUGACUCGCUUCUUCAGCUACAAAAUCAAUGAUGAUCAAUCCCCGGUGGAGGGACUAGAAGAGAUUGAAAAAUUAGCCAAUGCUCUCAGGUCGCUGGGGUCUCCACAGGAUUCAGCAUCCAUUAUCGCUCGAGUUCUGACUGCUCUUCCCUCGAAGUAUCAAAGCUUCAAGCUCGCCUGGGAUUCCGUAGGUAAAGCAGAACAAACCUUGGAAAACUUGCACGUUAGACUCCAAAAGAUGGAGAAAAUGGAGACAGGAGAGCAGGAGUGCAGUUCUGAUUCUAAUAAUCCAUCAAAUGUUGCAUUUUUCGCUGGGAAAGAGCAACAUCGUCAUGAGGGGAAAGGGAAGAAGAAUCAAGGGGGAAAAAAUAACAAAGCCAGCAACAAAAAGAAAGGGGCGUGUUUUUACUGUAAGAAGGACGGCCACCACAUUCAGGAAUGUAGGAGUCGCAUCAGGGACAAGGCUGCUGGGGAAGGAAAAGCUACUGGUGCAUUCAUGGGACAUGUUCAACCCAUCCUCCCUUCCCUGCAUCCCUCUGAUAUCUGGAUUUGUGACAGCGGAGCAACCUCUCAGUUCACAGGGAGAAGGGACUGGUUCAUUCAAUAUCAAGAGUUGGCUAAUCCCAUUCCAGUAAGACAAGCGGAUGGAAAUAACACCAAAGCGGUGGGAAAAGGGGUCGUCCUCAUUGAUGCAUGGAUGGAUGAAACCUGGACUCCCAUACCACUAACAAAUGUCCUUUACAUACCUGGUGGAUCCAAUCUCUUCAGUGAAGCAGUAAUGGAUGGGAAAGGGUACAAAAUAGUUAAGCAGAGUGGAACUGUUAACUUUUACAAAGAUGGGAAACUCGGUCCCCAAGCAAAGCUAGCAAGAGGAGUCUACAUAAUGGGGUUCCGACCAUUGGUUGAGGAGGAGGUGGCCUACUCAGCGAGCUUGUGGCAUCAAAGGCUUGCCCAUGUUAACCCUGCCUUCAUCAAAAAGUCCGUGACUACUGGUGCAGUUGAGGGAUUGCGACUUGAAGACUUAAAGGAUGAUGGAUGGAAAUGUGCGAACUGUCCUUUAGCCAAAGCUACAAAACUCCCCUUCCCUGCCCAACCCACGAGAGCUGCGAAGAAAGGGGAACUCAUCCAUAUUGACCUCUCAGGACGAAUGCCCACCAAGUCGCUAGGAGGAAAGGAGUACUUCAUGCUUAUAAAAGAUGAUAAAACAGGAUUUCGCCACGUAUCCUUCCUGGAAAAGAAAUCGGAUGCUGCUGAAAACAUAAUAAACUUCCUGAGAUUUUUCAAAAAUCAAACUGGCGAAAAUAUCAAGAGAAUAAAAACUGACGGAGGAGGCGAGUUCAUGGGGGAAGAAUUGCAGCAGUUCCUACGUGAGGAGGGAAUAAUUCAUUAA